AUGUCGACCCUCUCUGCCCUGCGCACCUGGGAGGCCGAGAACGACAUCAUCACCGUCGACCCAGCCCAAAAUGGCCUCUACAAUCUUCCCGACCCCGCCGCCUACAAAGCGCUACAAGACGCUGCACCCUGGAAGAAAGAUCCCAACUACUUCACCCACGUGCGCAUCUCGGCACUGGCACUCCUCAAAAUGACUACACAUGCUCGGUCCGGCGGCAGCAUCGAGAUCAUGGGCCUCAUGAUCGGCUACGUGUCGGGUCGAUCGCUCAUCAUCACUGACGCAUUCAGACUACCUGUGGAGGGAACAGAGACCCGGGUCAACGCCCACAACGAUGCAGACGAAUACAUGGUCAAUUUUGGCAUCGCCUCACGCGAAGGAGGAGGGCAGCUGGAAAACGCAGUGGGAUGGUAUCACUCACAUCCGGGCUAUGGAUGCUGGCUGUCGGGCAUCGACGUCAACACACAAAUGACGCAUCAGAUGGUUAACGACCCGUUCGUCGCUGUGGUCAUUGACCCCGAUCGUACAGUGAGCGCUGGCAAGGUCGAGAUUGGCGCUUUCCGAACAUACCCAGAAGGCCAGCAGCCCAAAGACAGACAGUUCACCGACGACAGCGACGAGUUCCAGGCGAUUCCCACGGGCAAGAUUGAGGAUUUCGGGGUCCAUGCCAAUUCAUACUAUGCACUGGAGGUGACGCACUACAAAUCGACGCUCGACACACACCUACUCGGUCUCCUGUGGAACAAAUAUUGGACUUCGACGCUGUCGCAGUCGCCCUUGUUCACCAACCGCGACUAUGUCAACAAGCAGAUUGUCGAUCACGCCAUCAAGAUCAAAGAGGCAAGUAAGAAACAGCGGACACACGCCAACAUGGGCCGGCGGACGCAAGAGUUGGCGGGCAGUGGAGACCAGAAUUUCAAGGUUGUCAGGGACGGGUCACUGGAGCAGGUGGUCAGAGGGGGCAAUACAAUCUCGUCCGAGGAAGUCGCGGGUUUACUGGCGAGCGACGUCAAGAAGAAGCUGUUCUGGGGUGUGGUGCAGGAGGCCCGGGUCAAGGCGGCCGGGGAGCAGGCGACGAUCGCUGCUGCCGGGCUGGCUGUUACAAGCAAUGGAGGUUGA